UUCCGGAAAGUGGGCAUUACCGUUUAGUGCGAAAUGAUAAGGCCAGCUCAAUUUUUCGUCAUAGGUCACAAGAUGUAAAUAGGACUAGCGCUAAUAUCAACCCUAACCCUAACCUUAAUGCUUACCCUAACCCUAACCUACGAUCUCGUCAACAAUCACGUGCUCUAACCUUAUUUAAAUCUCAACGACCUUGACAAAACUUGAGCUGACCUUAACAAAUGGAUUUAUCCGGGGAUUACCCUUUUUGAGUUUUCGAUCAUGGAAGCAGUUAUGUGAUGCCGUGUCGAUGUUAUUCUAGAGGCUCAGGUCUAGUUAAUUGGCACGACAAAGAUACUAGCUAUUCUAGCCGAGACAGCGGCGAGUAGAGGAGCAGAAACAACAAGACGUCUGUUGUCGUUGAAAUCUUUACUUCUACUAAUCAAAUAACUGGCAAUUAAUUACGGAUCGGUAAGAGAAUAGGACUUGGAAGUAACGCACGGAUUAGUAGGGGAACAUGAACUACUGUGACACUACAGUUACAAGCGACGCCGUACAGUAACGCGCAAGGUGCGUUUGCCGUAUCCAUAGUUGUAACAAUUUAAAGGACGUUGGUGUCAGCCAAUAUUAUGUGAUAGAACUGGUUAAAUGUAUUCCAAAUAUAAUUCUAUCAUAGUGUAUUGCAAUUUAUUUUAUUAAAGGAGAUCAAAACGUGACGAAGCGACAUUAACCAGUUCCCUUAAUAUGUCAGCAAGCAGUGUAUUAACCGAAACACAACGAAGCUCUUUUCGGGAAGCACUCCGAUGUGGCACAGAGGAAUCAUGUACGAAAAACCCAGGCCACGGUCUAUUUUUUAACUUCUCUAGCCUUACCAUGACGGAUAUUCCCGAACAGAUCCGGAAUACAAAUAUGCUUAAUUUCAUUAAACUGGUGGGAAAGAGAACCGUGCAUAUCGAACUUCUUCAGCAUAACGAACUAGGGGAUCACUGCGGGACAGGCUUUGUCAUAAAAUUCUGGAAUCAGUUUUAUCUUUGUACCAACCAUCAUGUUAUAAAUUCGUCACAUCAGAUUAAAUCAUGUAAAAUACGAUUCCAAUAUGACAGAAACGACAGAGAAGGCAUUUUGGAAACUAAAUGGACAGCUUUAGUUUCCGAAGAUACAGACCAAGAUAUCAGUAUAUCUACAUUCGAAAUGACUACACAAAUCGAAGAAUUUCUUUCGGAAUUGGAGAUUUGUGAGGUUAGCGACUUUAUUGCGAAAACGCAGCUUUUUUACAUGGAGAAGACAUUUGAUUUUGAUGCUUAUGUCAUAAAAGUGGUAGAUCGCUACUUCUUGGAAUUGCUUGACGACAAUGACGAGUUAACGGAUAUUGAUUUGAAAAGCGCUCGUUGUCAAGUUACAUUUUCUCGAGGGGAAAAGAAAACUUUUGAUGCAGAGCUCUGUAAGACGAAUAAUAAAAAAUAUAUCAAAUGUCCAGACUACAAUUUGAUUCCUGAUUACAUUCGGUCUGUCUUUAAUAGAUAUGAACAAUUGGGUGCUUAUGACGAAAGUCGCCCCAUCCCAUGUUUCGUAGUUUCCCACCCACACGGUAAAGAGAAGAGGGUAUCAUUUGGAAACUUUCGCCCAUAUAUUCAUAAAACUUCUGAGGGUAAACCAAUUAUUUGCCACACGGCCCCAACUUGCCAGGGGUCCAGUGGUGCCGCCGUCUUCCCCAUCGGUGUUAGGGAGUUACAAUUUCGUUGUCUGGUACAUAGUCAUCGCGAGCCCAGUUUCUCUCAUUACCCGGGCGAAUUUACAACAAAUAAUUUUAAUAUUAUACAAGGGGGUUGUUAUAAACAGUUUAUGAAACUUAAAAAAUCUAUUAAACUACAAUUAAAAUGACUACGGGUAAUAAACUCAAUCAUUAUUUUUAUUAUGGAGAAAUACUAAAGUAUAAAACAACAUGAUAUUUACAUCAUGAACAUAAUUACGGGUAUAUAUUUGAUAAUUUACUGUUAAAAUGUCCAUGGCUUUCAUAUUUUAUUGAUGGACACUGUUAAAAUGUCCAUGGCUUUCAUAUUUUAUUGAUGGACACUGUUGAACUGUUCAUGACUUUCAUAUUUUAUUGAUGGACACUGUUGAACUUUUGAAAUGUUUAUGGCUUUCAUAUUUUAUUGAUGGACACUGUCUACUGUUGAAAUGUUCAUGACUUUCAUAUUUUAUUGAUGGACACUGUUGAAUUGUUUAUGACUUUUAUAUUUUAUUGAUGGAAACUCUCUACUGUUGAAAUGUUCAUGACUUUUAUAUUUUAUUGAUGGAAACUCUCUACUGUUGAAAUGUUCAUGACUUUCAUAUUUUAUUGAUGGACACUGUCUACUGUUGAAAUGUUUAUGGCUUGCAUAUUUUUUAUUGAGUGAAUACACAGUAUAAUGUCCUAACCUUAUUUACAUCUCAGCGACCUUGACAAAACUUGAGCCGACCUUAACAAAUAGAUUAAGCCCCAGUCACUGGGUUAAAUUGGUACCCUUCGUAAACGAGAAAACACUUGGCUGUAGCUGCGUACGUUGAGAAAGACUGUCACAGGUCGCUGAGAUGUAAAUAAGGUUAAGGCACGUGAUUGUUUUCGAGAUUGUAGGUUAAGCAUUGGGGCUAGGUCCAGGGUUAGGGUUGGGGUUGGCGCUAGCCCUGUUUACAUCUCGUGACCUUUGACCAAGCUUGAAGUUGGCCUUAUUAAACAGAUCUAACCACAGUGGAUUACAGUUACUCCUAUAUCAUCACAAGUACAUCAGGUAGAGCAUAAACUGAACUAUUUCAUGACAAGAUAUGCCAUUCAUUACAAUAUCUCACCAAGCCUUCUUUCUAAUUUGUUUUUCAUGUCCAUAUCAUAUUUGUAUUAUUUAUUGCGCCUUGAAAAUACAUGUUUCCUACAAUAAUCAUAUUUAUACCAAUCUCAUUAAUAUUCAGAUCCAUAUUUGGUUUCGUUUUUUUAUACUUUCGAUAGCUUACACUACAUGAAGGUCUGGCCGAUUGUACUGAAAGGUCGCGUCAGGGUCAUACGAACGGCUUUUGACCCCAUGACGUCAGAAAUUUGAUUAACCAAUCACUUGCCGUAACAGACCGUUUCAUUAGCUAAUCCCUCACAUCAUCCAGAAUGCAUGUUAUAUAACAACUCUUCCAUAUCCUAGUGUAGUAAAGACAAGUAAAACGAAAUUUUGAACUAUAAAAAAAAAAUAGAAUCUGUCUUUUAAUCAGAUUGUAAUUGUACAAAAUGGCUGACAUAAUGAUGGCAUAAUUUCAUGUCAAAGGGUGAUAUAAAUAUACAUCUUUAGUUUUUAUUGUUAUUUUCUUUGAACAGCUUUUAUAUUGUUUAGUUUUUGUUUAUUAUUAUUUCGGAUAUCAUUACCAGUAAGUAUUUUUUUGGAUACAUUGUUCAUAUUUUACACAUGCCCGUCCAAUAGUUACCCCCCCCCCCAUUAAUACCAUUUUUAUAAAUUAAAUGAAAUGAAAUGGGGUUUAACGAAGACGGGCAUACGCCAUACAGGGUGCUAUGAUGGAAAUUUUGCCCGGACAGCGACACUACGGUAUACUCUUUUUAUUGUUGUGUCUGUGAAAAUAAAGCUUCAGUAUUUAUAAUUAUAACAAGCAAUAUUUUUAUAUUAUUAUCCCACCGCCUUGCAUAUAUUUUAUUUUUUA